ACGAGGACAAAAUAAAGGAACAUAGUUGGGCACCGCCUUUGAAUGGUCAGUGGCAAAACACCACUGGGGAGCUUAAUCUGGUGCGCACUCAACCUCACACAUACCCCUAUCAUGUUUUAAAGUCACCGACAGGUGAAUCGCUAAGUCAGCAUAAAAUCAUUAAAGAUGCAACACUAAGUUGUGAUUUGAACCCGGUGAAAGACAAGAAUUUUUAUGUUAGUUGCCUGAACCACUAUGCCAUGGAAACAGCUUUGUGUUAAUAGCUAGAUACAGCAAUUAUCGCCCAGUUUUGUUUUUAGUAUUUCUAGAUAGCUUUACUGACCUUAACACGUAGAUAUUUAAAGUAGGUUCAAAACAUCAGCUUAAAUACUUCACGGGUACAUGCACACUACUGAUACUAAUUAUAACACAUAAAAUACUAUGUUAAACCUGGAUUAUCUACGCGGCUUGUUAUUAUAGAUAUCAGUUUGCCGAAAAUCAUUCUGACCUAGUUACAUGAAAAUAUAAAGAAAAAUGAUUCGUCUUAACAGUACUCAGUACAAGUAAUAAAAAAAGGAAACAAGACUGAAAAAAAAAAUAGUGUUUGAAAAGCAUGAAAUCCCGACAAGCAAAAUAAUAAAAUACAAUUUACUCGGUUUUAUUGAACUUGUUUAUGCAAUUUACUUCAGUACAGAUAAUACAAAUGUAAACAAAAUGGACAGUGCUUACUGUAAUUAAUCCUUUAAAAUUGUAAUGAACACAACGAAAUAUUAGCAUUUCUCUCACAAUAUUUUAUCCUUGUAAGGUGUUAGGACAAAUAUUUGAAUAAAUCAUUACCGAUUUCGUUGUAAAUAAGAUAUACUUCGAACCGACGCAUUUCGGUGUAAAACAUGAAGGGGGGUUAAUAAAUAAUCGCACUCACAAGUAAACCGAUUGACUACUAUACCCUACAUAGUAUAUACUUCGUUUAAGCUACGUUAUCCAUUUGGUUCGUUAGUUAUUAUAUGCAUAGCCAUUUAAGUGCAUUUUCGUAGAAAAAUUUAAAAAUGUGUUGCAAAAAUUCCUGGAAAACUGCUGGAGAUUUAGGUGAAUUCAAUGCAGAAUGUACUUGUUAUAAAUGGUUUCGACGCACAUGCGGACUGUUUUUUCUAGUUUGUUUUAUUGCAGUUGCUUGUUGUGUCUAUUGUACAUUUGUUCUUCUUACUAUCCGGGAAAUAGGCAAUUCCUGCAGAAAUAAUCAACAUAAAAUCCAUAUCAACAAUGAAAAGAUAGUACAGCAAGGCAUCACAGAAAAUGAAAAGGACAUUCAAUCUCAGAUCUAUAAUCAAGUGAAUAUCACAAGCGACAUGCAUGUUUAUACCGCCAGAUUCAAACGGGCCAAAGAACGCAAGAAGAAAUGCAAAUGUCCAAAGAUGUUGGCUGGACAUUAUGAGCAAAAAACAAAGCCUGAAUACUUCGAAGGAAUAUCAGACUAUACCGAUACCAAACUGAUCAAGCCGUGCCAAUACAUCGAGAAGUUGAAAGGCAAUCUUUGCAAAGCGGGAGAUUUCAAAUCUGAGACAAAAACACUUCAAGUGUUUCAACCGACUCCAUCUUUGAAAGCGAAAUCAAAUCCAUUUAAAGGGAUUGAAAAUGGUAGAUUUAUUACAAAGAAGAAAGGCACAUACCUAGUGUAUGCACAGGUGUCAUUCUACGAUUCAAAAGAAUUCCAACAAAUGAAGGUUAUUCACUGGAAGAAAGGCAGCAAUGAAAUCGUACAGGAGUACGCAUGCGUGAGAGGUGUGCACAACAUGGACAAAAGUGUCAACAACACUUGUUCUAUAACCGUUCUAUAUUUUCUUGAUAAAGGCGACUAUCUUACAGUUGAUUUGUUUGAAACAGACUUGAACUUAAAUUUUAAGAAUAACAACACUUUCUUUGGAGCUAUAUUAUUGAGAUGACUUUAUUUUCAUUUCUAAUGUUCUGUAUAAUACUUACUAUCAUAUGUAUAUAAAACAUCACAGUAAGAACGUGAAGAACGUGUUCUUUUCGAAUAUUAUGCGGACAAGCGGCUCGACAGUCAUUAUAGUUUUAUUUUAUGCAAGUGUGAGUGCCUAUUAUAGAGUAAAGUGUACAGGUACUAGCUCCCUCUAUAAAGCGUAAUUCAAAAUAUUUAAUUUACUUGUAAGUUUUAUUUUGAUUACAUAUGUAAUAAAAUAAAGUUGUUAUGAGUACAA